AUGCGGUCGCUCCUGUCACCGUUGCCCCGCGCUGUCACGUCACCCGCAUCCUCGGCGCCCCACACGCCGCCGGCAGUACCCGCGGCUAUCUGCUCAACGCCCGACCCAGACUUUUCACCGAAAGCCACUCCAUCGUUACCUGCAGCACCAACCACACCUACUGCUGUAGCACCAGCCGGGUCGCCACCUUGCGCUGCCGUUGGUACACCUGACCCGCCCACGCCGUCGACUCAGUGUCCGUAUCAACUCCUUUUAGAAAACCAAGCCCUCAAUCAGAAGAUUUUCGACCUCCAGGAGCAGAUGAAAGUCAUCCUUGACCACUCGAAAGAGUCGGAUCAGAGGCUCCUAGAGUACACGGAUCAGGUUUUUGUGGCACGUCCUUCUGUGAACGUGUCUACUUCUUCGUCUCACGCCAAAAAUAAAUAUUGUCAAGCCACAGACUCAUUUACCCGUUCUUGUGAGAGGUGUCCAAUCUUAGAAGAGGAAGUGCAAAACAUGUUGACUACCACCAAGACUCUGGAAGAAGAAAUCAAAACAUUAAAAAAUGAAAAGCUGUUGCCUUUUGAAAAACUCAACAGCGACAGCCGUGCCCGACAUCUUUCCAGUAUGAUGAGGGCGGGGGUGGACGGUGUUACUAAUGUAUGUGGAACCUGCAAACCUGGAGCCGGCCUCCUCAACACCAUCCCAGACGCCGCCCCUCCUCCGGACAACUGCUUCAUCUUGAUCUCCGCGAACAACGAUGUGGCUGCAGGGAGGGCAGAACAUAAUCUUCAAUAA